CUUUAGCCACAGAUUACCCAUCUGUCCCCUUCAACACAAGGACGGAGGUCUCUGGUCCUGCCAGAGCGGCCGUCAUCAUGUCCCUGGGGUCUCUGUCAUUUGGGGCCCUGGGUGAGGAGGAAGAACAAGAGGAGGAGACACUGGACAGCUUGAAGGCUCUCACUGCCAAACUGAAGCUACAGACCAGAAGGCCCUCAUACCUCGAGUGGACAGCCCGGGUCCAAAGCCAAGCCUGGCACCGAGGUCAUGCCAGGGAUGAACUGGAGGAACCAGGUCCUGGGGCCAUCUGUGGUUUUCACACUCUGGAUGAUGCCUUGCAGUGGCUCAGAGAGGAGUUGAGGCAGAUGCGGGCCCAGGACCGGGAGCUGGCCGGGCAGCUACUGCGCCUCCGGUCCCGCAUGCACCAGCUCAAGGUGGAACAGAUCUGCAGGCAACACCAGGAGCUGUUAGACGAUGCUGAGCUGGAGGCCGAGGCCGAGGGGCUGGGCUUUGGAGAGGCCGCCCAGCUACUGAGCCCAGGCUCCCUCCGGCCCACUCGCCUCCUGGCUCCCCCGCUCAGGGACAUCGGCCUCACGCGGAUGAACAUCAGUGCUCGUUGGUUCACGCUCUGCUGAGCAGUCGGCCCUGCUGCAGAGAGCUGGGCAUCCUCAGCGCUCCCUCAGGGCUAUCCCACCCCAGCCCCCACCCCCAGUGACCCUGGGCAGGAGAAGGGUCCCAGCUCACAGACUGGAGGGAGGGAGGGAGCCCUGCUGCCUUUCCAGGGCCAGUUCUCCCCACUCUCCAGGAGACAAGGGCCCUUUGGGCAUGUUCACCCUUACCCAAGCCCUCCAAUAAAUGCCAUUCCUGCCUGCUGUGGGCUCCUGGGGCUACUCA